ACUGGUAACUGCCUUAAGAGCAUGCGCUUAUUCAUCAAUUAGACGCCCAUCUCUUGACUCUCGACAUGUCGGAUACCGACCUCUACAACCUCGAAUUCCUCUCUCUUGUUGCCAGGAUCACCCAAGAAAUCAUUAACCACACUGGAUUGAACGACAAAACACUAGCAGAGUUCGUAAUCGCUCUCCAUGACGAAUCCAAAAGCCGUCCGGAGUUCAAACAGAAGCUGCAGGAUGUCGGAGCCAACUUCCCUGACUCAUUCAUAGAGACAGUCGACCGUCUCAUCCUCAGCUUACAUCCUAAACACAAGAAGCGGUUCACUACCAUGCAGGAUGAGAAUAUCGCUCCAGGGAAUGAUUUAGAUCAGACGGACAAGAAGAGACGGAUGUUCCCCGGUCUUGCUCUGAAAGAUCAAGGCUGGCAGCCCAUCAUCUCGAAGGAUGUGCUUAUGAAGGAGGUGGAUGACAUGAUGUCAGAGUUUGAAGGUGCUGCAACGAAGACUCGCAUCCGGCCAACAGAGGAUGACCGAGAAAGCAAACGAUUGCGAAGAUCACGCUCUCGUUCCCCUCGGCGUAGGAGUCCCAGCCCGGUUCGUGGUCGGGGAUAUGGAGACAAAAGAAACGAUUACAGGGGGAGAGCCGGCCGACCUUCAGUGGAUGAUCGCCCGGUGCUAUACAAAAUUUACAAUGGCAAGGUGGCUGGUUUGAAGGAGUUCGGUGCAUUUGUGCAACUUGAGGGCGUUGCCGGUCGUGUUGAAGGUAUGGUGCAUGUCUCUAAUAUCCAACAAGGUGCACGAGCCAACUCCGCUGCUGAUUUGCUCAGCCGUGGUCAGUCUGUGAAGGUCAAGGUCAUGAGCGUCGCCGGCAAUCGCGUAGGCCUGUCGAUGAAGGAUGUGGAUCAGGUCACUGAGCGUGACCUCACUCCUCAUUUACGCAUCAAGUCUGAAGCAGAACUCGCAGAGGAGGAACAACAGCGAGCCGCUCGUGGCGCUAAUGCCAUUCCUCUCAAUUCUAAGGCAAUUGCGCACGAACCUGUACGGUCUGCCAAACGGUUGACUUCGCCAGAGCGAUGGGAGAUUAAGCAGUUGAUCUCUUCAGGCAUCAUCGACGCAUCCGAGUAUCCUGACCUUGACGAAGAUUUCAACAACCCGAUGGCUCGUGCGGAAGUGGAGGAGGAACUCGACGUUGAGAUCCGUGAAGAGGAGCCGCCAUUCCUAGCUGGACAAACAAAGAAGACGCUUGACCUCAGUCCUGUCAAGAUUGUCAAGGCACCCGAUGGCUCGCUCAAUCGAGCUGCUCUCGCGGGCGCAUCCCUCGCCAAGGAGAGAAGAGAAAUGCGACAACAAGAGGUUAACGAGCAAGCUGAUUCUGAGGCCCGGGACUUCAGCGCCCCCUGGUUGGAUCCUAUGUCGAAGGAGAGCGACAAGAUUUUCGCCCAGGACCUGCGCGGAAACCUGAGGGGCCAGAAAGCUGGGGAACAGCCGAAGUGGAAAGAGGCUACUUUCAAUAAAGCUACCACCUUCGGAGAGAUUACAUCUAUGAGCAUACAAGACCAACGGAAGAAUUUGCCGAUUUACAAGCUUCGUGAUCAGCUUCUGGAAGCUAUUCGAGCGCAUCAAAUACUCAUUGUCGUUGGCGACACUGGCUCUGGCAAGACCACUCAGAUGACGCAAUACCUCGCCGAAGACGGUUACGCUGACAGGGGGAAAAUCGGCUGCACGCAACCUCGUCGUGUCGCUGCCAUGUCGGUGGCAAAGCGUGUAGCAGAGGAAGUUGGCUGUCGUCUUGGUCAAGAGGUCGGUUACACAAUCCGUUUCGAGGACUGCACAAGUCCAGAGACUCGUAUCAAGUACAUGACAGAUGGUAUGCUUCAGCGAGAGAGUCUCAUCGACCCUGACUUGACUCAGUACUCUGUCAUUAUGCUUGACGAGGCGCACGAGCGGACUAUUGCUACCGACGUGCUCUUUGGGCUGAUGAAAAAGGCCUGUAAACGUAGACCCGACCUUAAACUCAUCGUCACUUCCGCAACUCUGGAUGCUGAGAAGUUCUCAAAGUACUUCUUUGGCUGUCCUAUCUUCACUAUUCCUGGUCGAACAUACCCUGUCGAGAUUCUCUAUACCAAGGAGCCAGAAACUGACUAUCUCGACGCUUCCCUCAUCACUGUCAUGCAAAUCCACUUGUCGGAGCCUCCUGGUGAUGUUCUUCUUUUCUUGACUGGCCAAGAAGAGAUCGAUACUUCCUGCGAGAUCUUGUACGAGCGUAUGAAGGCCCUUGGUCCCAAGGUCCCUGAACUCAUGAUCCUUCCUAUCUACUCCGCCUUGCCUUCCGAAGUCCAAUCAAGGGUUUUCGAGCCUACACCUCCCGGUGCCCGUAAAGUAGUCGUAGCAACGAACGUUGCUGAGACUUCACUUACCAUUCCGGGUAUCUACUAUGUCAUUGACCCUGGCUUCUCGAAGCAGAAUGCGUAUGAUCCGAGAUUGGGUAUGGACUCGCUCGUGGUCAUGCCUAUCUCACAGGCGCAGGCGAGACAACGGGCAGGACGUGCUGGUCGUACCGGUCCCGGAAAGUGCUAUCGUCUAUACACCGAAGCUGCGUUCCGUAACGAGAUGUUGCCAAACUCGAUACCAGAUAUCCAGAGGACCAACCUCUCGCACACUAUUUUGAUGUUGAAAGCGAUGGGUAUCAACGACCUUCUUAGCUUCGAUUUCAUGGAUCCGCCACCCGCACAGACUAUGCUUACGGCAUUGGAGUCGCUAUACGCUCUUUCCGCGUUGGAUGACGAAGGUCUCCUCACUCGUUUGGGGCGAAAGAUGGCAGACUUCCCCAUGGAGCCUCCAUUAGCCAAGAUGUUGAUUGCUUCCGUGGAGCUUGGGUGUUCUGAGGAAAUCCUAUCCAUUGUAGCUAUGCUGUCCGUGCAGAGCGUCUUUUACCGGCCGAAGGAGAAACAGGGUCAGGCCGACUCCAAGAAAGCUAAAUUCCAUCAGCCAGAGGGUGACCAUCUGACGUUGCUGACUGUAUACAACGGAUGGAAGGCAAGCAACUUCUCGAAUCCCUGGUGCUACGAGAACUUUAUUCAGGCCCGGAGUAUGAGACGAGCACAGGAUGUCCGGAAGCAAUUGUUAGGUAUCAUGGACAGAUACAAGCAUGACAUCUUGUCAGCGGGCAAAGACUACAACCGAGUCCGCCGAGCAAUCUGCUCUGGCUUUUUCAGGAAUGCGGCAAAGAAAGAUCCACAGGAAGGUUACAAGACCCUUGUGGAAGGCACACCGGUGUAUAUCCAUCCAUCAUCCGCGCUAUUCAACCGCAACCCUGAGUGGCUCAUUUAUCACGAAUUGAUAUUAACCACUCGCGAGUAUUGCCACAACGUCACGGCUAUUGAGCCGAAGUGGUUGGUGGAAGUAGCCCCCCAGUACUUCAAGGUUGCGGAUGUGAACAAGAUCAGUAAGCGGAAGAAGCAAGAAAAGAUAGAACCUCUAUACAACAAGUACGAGAAACCCGACGAAUGGCGUUUGUCGAAAGUCAAGAGAAGUGCUCGUUCGGUAUGUCUACCUUUCUCUCAUUCUUUUCCGAGAUGCUUACGAUUUUUCUUGCAGAGUCAAACAUUUGGUUGAUACCAUCACUAUUUGCCCUUCGUAUUCAUUUUGUAUCAUUAUUACCACACCACCAUACUGCUUGUACAUACACUUCAUCCUCUCUAUUAAUCAUCUCGGCAUGUACUGUAACCUGGCGAGCCCUUUCAGUGAGACGUUGACCCGAGACGAUUCGCAUCUUGAUGCAGAAAUUGCAUUUUGCGAGUAUAAUGUCGAUGAUCAUGUGCUGCGCAUGUAUAUUGUUGAAUGCCCUGCAUGAAAGACCUGAAGGCAUAGUAACCGGAUUCCACGGUAAUCCCUUUCACAUAAGUUUUAAGCAAGGUC